GCAGAAAUAUCCUGCUUGUUGCUGUACACGUCACCCUUUUCAGCGUAUUCCAAGAUGGCGCUGCAGAGGACGGUAGCACGGCUACUGCGUUUCGGGACAGAUUUAGGGGCCAAAAAUAACGCGAGACAUUUUAAAACAGCAGCUGUACUAUGUCGCCGGACUGCACCACUUGGUCCUAUGCCAAAUGAAGACAUAGACUGGAAGAACCUGGAGGCUCUCGAGAAAUAUUGCAGCUAUACACGCUACCUUCAAGUUGCAGAGGAAGCCAGUAAUAAAGAAGUCUGGUGGAAGACCUACAGGAAACAUGUGGAACAGAAACCUGAGAGCGAAUUUAAGCCAGUGGACAUCGGCUUGCCUCACUGUCGACCCUCGAGGUUAAAGGAAGUUCGGGAAAGAAGAAAGGUGAUGAAGGAAAACAAAAUGAGCCCAGAGCUGGAGAGAGCCACUCGUCUUCGCACGUUUCGCAUUCCUCUAGACGAAGUGAAGCAGGAAUGGGAGAAAACUAAUGGUCCCUACCACAUACAGAGGCUGGCAGAGCAUUAUGGAAUAUAUAGAGACCUUUUCCCCAUGGCUUAUUUUGUUCCAAGGGUAAUGCUGCGCGUGGCAUAUGGUGAUGACAGCAAUGCCAUGGUGCAUUAUGGCAAUCAUUUAUCACCUAGUCAGGCUUCAUCAGCACCUCACGUUAGCUUCGAGGCAGAGGAAAAUUCUCUUUGGACGUUGCUGCUAACAAGUCCAGAUGAACAUUUGCAGGAUGGUGAGAGAGAAUAUGUGCACUGGCUGGUUGGUAAUAUUCCUGGAAGUGCCGUAUUGUCUGGCGAAGAGAUCUCUCAUUACGUGCCACCAUUUCCUGCCAAGGGAACAGGAUAUCACAGAUACAUUCUUAUUCUCUUCAAGCAGACAGAUUUUGUUGACUUUAGCAGUGACGUCAGACCAAAGCCCUGUUACAGUCUACAGCAGCUGAGUUUUAGGACAUUGGACUUCUACAGAAAAUAUGAAGACCAAAUUACUCCUGCUGGACUGGCUUUCUUUCAGAGUCAGUGGGACAACUCUGUCACCAGUACCUUCCACACGUUGUUCAAUAUGCGAGAGCCAGUGUUCGAGUAUGACAGACCACCAGUGUAUCACCCACCCCAGAAGAAAUAUCCUCACGGACAGCCGCUACGAUACAUGGACCGUUACAGAGGCAAAAAAGAACACACUUAUGGCAUUUACUAAAAAGACAUGCUGUGAUUUUGUUACUGUAGAAAUGUCUAAUAAACCUAUGUACAGCCAAGAAAA